UUUCAGAUUGUGUCAAAGGGGGCGCAAUACGAACGAAAAACCCUGUAAACACUGAACUUCUCAGGAGACAUACCCCUGUCCUCUGUACACCAGAGCCCCUAAUUACCUCCACAACAGGUCCGAGAACAACCAUCCUCUCUACUGCAUGUCGGCCCACAAAUUCUGUCAAGAUCUUGUUUGCUCUUGUGACUUUACAGAACUGAAGGAAACUUCAGCCGGUGUUUUUGUACGCACCUGCUCCUCUCUUCCAGGGGAGACCGGAGAGUAUAGUUCAGAAUGAAUUCAACAGUUUUCAACGACACGGAGAGUGCUUUGUUUUCCAACAGAAGCAGCGAGAGCUUUCUGUCGUGCUGUAACGUGUCUUCAGUGGUAACGGACAGCGGGUUUGUGUCCACGACGCUGGACGAGCGCAGUGUGUUCAUCAUGCGCGCGGUGCAGAUCGCGGUGAUGUGCGUGCUCGCGCUCACCGUGGUCUUCGGCAUCUUCUUUUUAGGCUGUAACCUGCUUAUUAAGUCCGAGGGCAUGAUCAACUUUCUGGUCACGGACAGAAGACCGUCAAAGGAUGUCGAAGCGGUCAUCGUUGGAUCGUACUAGUGCGUAAAAGUUUGAUGGUCAGAUGGGACGCAAGCUUUGGUAAUGUGCGAAACUAUCCGUGUUGUCCUCCUGAAACGAAGAGAGGUCCUUCCCUGACGGUAGAAGAAACUGGCACAUUGCAUUUAUGAUUCAGUAUUGGCUUUUUUUCACUGGGAAAAGUGCAGUUUGUGAGGAAAGUAAAGGGGAAAGUGUGCCGUGAGACCUGGUGACUGAAAUUAAUAUAAAAGUGUAAAAUAUCUCUCUAACAUGGACUAUUUGGCCCACUUUAUGGACCAUGAGUAAUGUUCAUGUGAUUAUUAAUGCUUGUAGAACAAACCGCUGUUUUCAGACUGCUAAUUUAUGUGGGUAAACAAUGCAUGUAUUUUGAGUAAUAAGUUUGAUAACAAAUAAUAAUAAUUUUGUGUAACAAAAGCACUUCUUAAUGCUGGAUAUUAACGUCUAUUUUGUGCAGCAUUCAGUGACAGAUGUAUUUGUUCUACUACAGUAUGUUCUCCAAUUAAUUUACUGGCCAGCAAAACUGAUUUACAUUGUGUUUAUGGGUGAAUACUGUAAUAUGCUGAAUUAAAAAAGAAAACUUGUGGAACUUUAUUACAGUGACAUAAAUUUGAAACUGAUAAAUGUAA